CCUAUAUCAGUGUAUGGGUUUCAUUUAAAGGAGAUAUACAUUCUCCUAUCAUUUUACGAAAUAUUUAGAAUCUUUCUUUAUUAUAUUUUUUUAUAAUAAUUUCAAUUUAUACCCCAGUCGCUCUUUCUUAACUUUUAGUGAAGUGAAAACGCGUUUUAUUUUAUUUUGAUACUUCCUUUCGUUAUUUAUCCUCAAGUUAAAAGGUAAUUUCAUUAAAUUCGUUCGUUACAAUCCAAUUGUGUUGGAAACUCAUUAUUUUUGCACAUUUAUCUGUUAAAACUAUUUAAUUUUCCUUUUCGAUUUACACUACUUUCUUUUCGUUGUCUAGCUCCUUUGAACUUAAAGCUUACUAGUUUGCGAUAUGCCAUCAGACGAUGAAUUCGUGUUGUCCAACUCUGAAGAUGAAGUCGUUCCAACGACUACAAGAAAGAGAGCCACUUCUUCUCAAUCUCGUACCAACGAAGGCGCCGAAAAUGAUAGAAGUGCUUCGCCUUCUUCUUCUUCAAGUUCUGUACCUGCUACAGCAGAUGGAGGAGGUACUACGGUGAGAUCAAAUGCAUCCUCACAAUACCAGCGCCUAAGUCCGAGAGAGCACGUUCUCAGACGUCCUGAUACUUACGUUGGUAGUAUUGACCGUACAACUUCGAACAUGUGGGUGUACGAUUCCGAGAAUGAGAAACUUGAAUAUCGUGAAGUCACAUAUGUACCUGGUCUCUAUAAGAUCUUUGACGAAAUUAUCGUUAAUGCUGCUGAUAACAAGGUCCGCGAUCCAACCAUGAAUACCUUAAAAGUCACUAUAGAUCCUGGCUCCAAUGUAAUUUCCGUUUUCAACAACGGUAAAGGUAUUCCCGUCGAAAUCCACGAUAAAGAACAAAUUUAUAUCCCGGAGUUGAUUUUUGGUAAUCUUCUUACCUCCAGUAACUAUGAUGAUAAUCAAAGGAAAGUUACUGGUGGUAGAAACGGUUACGGUGCAAAACUCUGCAACAUCUUUUCUUCAGAAUUCACGGUGGAAACCGCCGAUAAAUUUCAAAUGAAAAAGUACAAACAGGUCUGGACAGAUAACAUGUCGAAGAAGCAAGAACCCAUCGUUACAAACAUGAAAAGACCCGAGGAAUAUACGAAAAUUACAUUUAAGCCAGAUUUGCAAAAGUUCGGUAUGACUGAAAUCGAUGCUGAUAUUGUUGCUAUCUUGAAACGUCGCGUCUAUGAUAUGGCAGGUACUGUUCGAGAUACUAAGGUAUUUCUAAACGAUGAGCGCCUGAAGAUUAGUGGAUUUAAAAAGUAUGUUGAUAUGUACUUGUCUUCAAGUACGUCCCCUGAUAGCGAAAGCCCUACAGUUGUAUAUGAACAAGUAAACGAUCGAUGGGAAGUUGCGUUUGCUAUAUCUGAUGAGGAAUUCAAUCAAGUUUCUUUUGUUAACAACAUUGCAACAAUUCGCGGAGGUACCCACGUCAACUAUAUUGCAGAUACUAUUGUGAAAGCUGUCAACGAGGAUGUGCAAAAAAAAAAUAAAGGUGCGCCAAUUCGUCCUUUUCAAAUUAAGAACUUCAUUCGCAUUUUUGUUAGUUGUCAGAUUGAAAAUCCUUCAUUUGACUCACAGACUAAGGAAACCCUCACUACUAAAGUGUCGAAUUUUGGUUCACAGUGCACGCCAAGUGCAAGCUUUAUGACUCGCGUCAAGAAAUCAGGAAUUAUAGAUAAAGUUCUAGAUUUAGCUCGCACAAAGGCUGAUAAACAGUUAAGCCAAACUGACAGUCGUGGCUCACGUUCUCGAAUUACUGGUUUACCCAAACUUGAAGAUGCCAACAAGGCCGGCUCUAAAGAGUCUCAUAAGUGUGUUUUAAUCUUGACUGAAGGUGAUUCCGCUCGUUCACAAGCCCUUUCUGGUUUAAGUGUCGUUGGUCGUGAUUAUUAUGGAAUUUUCCCGUUGAGAGGUAAGCUAUUAAAUGUCCGUGAAGCUUCGCAUACUCAAAUUAUGAAUAAUAAAGAAAUCCAAGCAAUUAAAAAAAUUAUGGGGCUUGUACACAAGAAAAACUAUACAGAUGCUAAAGAAUUACGAUACGGACAUUUGAUGAUUAUGACUGAUCAGGAUCCUGAUGGUUCUCAUAUUAAAGGUCUAAUUAUCAACUACUUGGAGUCUACUUACCCGUCAUUACUGAAAAUUCCUGGAUUUUUGAUACAAUUCAUUACACCAAUUGUUAAAUGUAAACGAAACAGACAAGAACUUCCUUUUUAUACCCUCCCAGAAUACGAAUAUUGGAAAGAAGCAAACAAUAAUGGUCGUGGUUGGGACAUUAAGUACUACAAGGGUUUGGGUACAAAUGAUGCCACCGAAAUGAAAAGCUAUUUUUCGGACCUUGAUCGUCACAUGAAGUAUUUUCAUGAAAUACAGGAUAAAGACAAAGGUUUAAUUGAAAUGGCGUUUGCCAAAAAGAAGGCCGAUAUGCGAAAAGAAUGGCUUCGUUCAUAUCAUCCCGGGAUUUUUAUGGAUUACACAGUUCCUCGAAUCCCAAUUGAUGAUUUUAUUAACAAGGAGCUUAUUCAAUUCAGUAUGGCAGAUAACAUCCGAUCAAUACCCUCCGUUGUAGACGGUUUGAAGCCUGGACAGCGCAAAGUUGUUUAUUACUGUUUGAAGAAGAACGUCACCCGUCAAACAAAGGUAAGUAGUCUAACAGGAUAUGUUAUGAGUGAGACUGCAUACCACCAUGGUGAUAAUUCUUUAACUCAGACAAUUGUCAACUUAGCUCAGAAUUUUGUCGGAAGUAACAACAUCAAUCUUUUGAUGCCUCAUGGUCAGUUUGGUACUCGUUUAGAAGGUGGUAAGGAUGCAUCAGCUCCAAGGUACCUUAACACUUGCCUUUCUCCUUUAGCUAGAAAACUAUUCAAAUCAGAAGAUGAUCCUUUGCUCAAUUAUCAGAAUGAAGAAGGGCAGUGGAUCGAGCCUGAUUACUACGUCCCAAUUUUGCCACUGGUACUCAUAAACGGUGCUGAAGGAAUCGGAACGGGUUGGUCUACUAACAUUCCAAAUUACAAUCCAAAAGAUAUUGCUGCUAACUUAAGACGACUUCUUAACAAUGAACCUUUGCUUGAAAUAUCUCCCUGGUAUCGCGGUUUUCGUGGCAGCAUAGAAAAAGUGACCCCUGACAGAUACAAAGUUAGUGGUAUAAUUAAUCAAAUAAGUGAAUCAAAAGUGGAAAUAACAGAAUUGCCAGUUCGAUUUUGGACUCAAGAUAUGAAGGAAUUCCUAGAAAUGGGUAUUGCUGGAAGUGAGAAAGUUAAACCGUUCAUUAAAGAUUACGAAGGCUAUCAUGGUGUGGGUAAUGUACACUUCCAAGUCACUCUCACAGAAAGCGGCAUGAGAGAAGCACAGGCAGAGUCCUUGGAAUCUAAAUUUAAAAUAGUCAGAUCCCAGGCUACCAGUAAUAUGAUGGCAUUUGAUCCUUCUGGAAGGAUUAAAAAAUACGAGACUGUUGAAGAAAUUUUAAGAGACUUUUAUGAAAUACGUUUGAGGACAUAUCAAAGACGAAAAGAGCUUUUGGUUGCUGACUUAGAACGUCGCUUUGACAUAUUUUCCAAUCAAGCGAGAUUUGUUCACAUGAUCAUCGAAAACGAGCUUGUAGUGUCAAAAAAGAAAAGGAGUGUCCUUGUAACUGAACUCCGCGAAAAAGGUUUUCAGCCUAUUUCCAAACCAAAUAAGGGCCGUGAGGCUGACAUGGAAGCUGAGCGUGCUAGAGAGAAUGGCGAAGAUUCUCCUGAAGCACUUGAAGAUUCUUCAAGUGACUUUAAUUAUCUUUUGUCUAUGGCAAUUUGGUCUUUAACGUACGAGAAAUAUCUGGAAUUGUUGAAGAAAAGAGACAAUGUUAUGGCAGAGCUUGACGCUUUAAUCAAGUUGACCCCUAAAGAUUUAUACUUGCAGGACUUAGAAGAAUUUGAAUUUACUUGGGACAAGGUGAUGGAAGAAAUAAACCAGAGCAUGUUGGACGAUGAAGAGUCAUCAAAUGGGUUUGUUGGGUCUACUAAACCUUCCACUACACGUAGACGGAAUACUGGUGUAAGAAAGAAAGUCAAGGCUGAAGAAACUGGUGAUAAUGGCAUAGAGUCUCUAUCUACAAGACACCCAUCAAAAUCAACUACCGCAAAGUCUACGAAAGUUAAAAAUGAAGAAAAAGAUGAACCCGUUUCGAAGACUCUCAAAGGAAAUCAGCAAACGCUAAGUUUUGCCAAGGAAAGUGGUUCAUCAUCAAAUAAGUUAUCACCAGAGGACGAAGGAAUUAAAACACCCUUUUCAAUUGCUAAAGGAAGAAGCAAAAAAGCAGGUUCCUCAAGCCUGUCGAGUGAAACUGAUGACAAUACAAAUAAGGGAAAGAAGCGCUCAUCUUCUGAUUCGCCAAGUGAUGAUGAGAACUCUCAGACUGUGAAGAGAACAGCGUCUCGACGUGGCCGACCUAAAGCAACUCAAACCAAGACAUUAUUUUCUUCCGAUGAUGAGGAAGAUUUACCUUCCGAAACCAUACCAGGCAAAUCUCAAACAAAGCUGAAAAGUCCGUUUGUCGAUAUUACGAAUGCAAAAGGGAACGCAUCGAAAGGAAAAACAACUUCAAUUAUUGACGAUGAGGAUUUCGACGAUUUGCCAGACAGUUCUACACCUAAGCCGAAGAAGACCGACACGAAUGAAAAAGUAAGCGCUUCAGAGUCUCCGAGUAGGCCUCGUAGGACAGCUACCCGACGUGCGGCUUCUACAAAAAACCCCAUUUAUAUAGAUUCUUCCAUGGAUGAAUCCAGUUUUAAAGACGACUCAUUCAUGAUCGGAGAUAAUGAAGACGAUGAUUACGAAGACGAUGUAUGAGCAUCACUCAUUUUUUAGGAAUGAGAAGCAUCACUUUUUUAUUACUUAUCACUACUUAUAUUAGAUAGAUCUUCUUAUAGAAGUAUGCAUAUUAUUAUCAACUGCUCAUAUAAGAAAUAAG